AUGAGUGAUUGCAACAAAAUUUCUUGCGGAGAAGGUAUUCAACUGGCAAAAGAUAUAACGGAUAAAUCUGUUUUAAGGGAACAAGACAGUGUGCAAAAGAUGAAUGAGCAAAAAGUACAAAAAAUAAUAGGAGUACCUGAGACAUUCAACAAACAAUGCCAUGGAUCAGCUGGAAGAAUCAGAUUGCUUAGCGCAGUAGCACCGUAUUUCAAGAACAAAGAACUGAAAAAAGCCAUCCCUUGUACUGACUACCAGAUAACAGAAGCCCGUAAGCAUGCAAAGUUACAUGGCCCGGGAGCAACACCGAAGUCCAAAGAAAAGGUGAAGAGAUUUAAAAUCUCGCCUGAAGAUCUUGCAUUCGUUUUGAACUUCGUUCAUCCAGACAACACUUGUAGAUCGUCUCACAGAAUGGCAUUGUGUGAAGGAACGAAGUCGUCUUGGAUAUCAGAUCAAUUGAUGAAAGCAAACAACCUGUAA